GGAAAGUACAUUUGUGAUUUUCCAAUUUGUUAAUGCCGGUGAAUCGAUUUCAGAAACAAAUACAUUGAUAAGAAAGAGGACAACAAUGGAUUCUUCAGUACAAAUUUGCAAAGAGAAUGUCGAAGUUGAUUUAUUGGAUAAAAUACGGAAUGUUUGUCCAUUCUGUGAUAAACAAUUUAGUAAUGAACAGAAUGUUGAACGGCACGUAAUGGUAGUCCAUCAAAAACAAUACAAGUGUGACAUGUGCAAGAGAUCUUACAAUACACAGACUGCUCUUAAUGUGCACAAGGUGAUACAUAGACCAGAUUAUUUCUUCGAGUGUAUGGAAUGUCAUGUGAAGUAUAAAAGCGAGGGUGGUUUGAAACGGCAUAAUAUACGUGCUCAUGACAGGAAUAAUCCAGUUUUUGUUUGCGAACAAUGUGGUAGAAGUUAUAAGUUAAAGAUAGAUUUAACGAAUCAUAUAAAGAAAGCUCAUCCAUUUGAGUUACAAAUUUGUCGGUAUUGUGGUAAGGAGGUAAGAGAUGUUAAGGGACACGAAUAUAUUCAUCAAAGGAAGGCUCAUAAGAAGCUCUACAAUUUUCCUUGUCAUCUCUGUCCUCAAAAAUUUUGUCAUAGAAGUCGAUUGGAUAGACAUUUGUUGCAACACGAAAAUGGAUUCAAGUGUACAGAUUGUAGUGAAAGUUUUAUUGGAAGUAGAGAGUUGAAAAGUCAUAAACGUUUUAAACACAGUAGACCAAGUAGUUCUACUUGUAUUUUUUGUCAAAAAGUGUUUACAUGCGUUAGCAAUUUUCACCAACACGUUCUAACUCAUGCUGGAAUCCGACCAUAUAAGUGUGACAUCUGUGAAGAAGAUUUUACGCAACGAUCCAGCCUUCUAAGACAUCGUAGAAAUCAUCCAGGACCACUUCCACCGCUGGUCUUACCCAGUCCACAAAUUGCUGAACUUGCCAGAAGUUAUAUGCAGAAAUUUCAAAACGAUUGCUGAUAAUACAUAUAUGACAAAAACAUGGUGAUUUUCUUG